AUGGAUAGAGGAACACCGUGUCUUAACCAGUCCCUUUAUGACGAAAACAUUACUCAUCAGUGUGUUUCUGAUACACCCAAGAAUACUAUUGCUCUUUCAAGAGAUAAAGAAGCAAAUACCAUUUCUCAGACGCAAGUUUUUCUUGCUACUGGAUUUACAUUUGUGAUGCUCUUUGUAAUCAGCGUAACAAUUAGUAUAUUAAGAAUAAGAAAAACUCUAAUGAGAAAAAAGAGAAAAGAAUUAAUGCCUCUUCCAAUGAUCCAAAAGGUAGAGGAUCCCCCAUACGAAAUCAACUUAACAUAUCCAGAUGGUCUGUAUCACGAUCCUGAUUAUGAAAUCGUGGACGAUCAAGACGAAGGCUAUGAACGUUUGCCUGCACAAAUAGAAGAGAUUAGAAAUCAGAUCCUUGUAGACAACGAUAGUGAUGGAGUAUACACAGAUCCCAAUAACGCAGAUGGAACUUAUUUAGAUGUAGUUCAUCCCAAAAUAUAUCCACAUGAUUAUAUAAAUGUUAACCCUUAUGUUGAUUUAGUGGGUGAGACCUUUGAAUGUCAAAAUGUAUUAGAACCCCAGUAA